CCUAAGACCAGCUUGUUCCACCCUUCACCUUUCCGGCGGGACAGAGCACGCAAGCGCACAAGUCAGGCAAAAGAUGAAUCUGGGCCAGUGCCCUUUGCAGGAGCAGAUGGUCCAUCUGAAGAAGAUCCUGUCCGCGAACCCGACACUCAUGGUGGUGCUCAGCCGUGCAGCGACCCUCAAGCUGCCAAACUGGUAUCUCGCCGGCGGCGCCCUGUCCCAGACGAUCUGGAACCACAUGUCGUCGCUUCCGCCGGAGACGGGCAUCCGCGACUACGACCUGGUGUACCACGACGGCACGGACCUGUCGUACGAGGCCGAGGACGCGGUCAUCCAGGCGGGCAAGGAGCUGUUCGCCGACGUGCCCGUCGAGGUGGAGAUACGCAACCAGGCGCGCGUGCACCUGUGGUACGCGCGCAAGCACGGGCUGCCGUGUCCCGCCCACGACAGCGUCGAGGCCGGCAUCGACACCUGGAUCUCGACCAGCGCCAUGCUCGGCGUCAGGCUGGACGACGGCACGGGAGAGUGGAUCGUGUACGCGCCGCGCGGCCUGUCGGACUUCUUCAACAUGGUCGUGAGGCCCAACGCGGCCAUUGGAACGAAGGAGGCGUACGACAAGAAGGCGGAGCGGUGGAAGGCCAUCUGGACGUCGCUGACGGUCGAGCCGUGGCCGUCCUAACGCGGGCUCGGGUGCUUGGGCGAAAAGGGGGCGUUUUCACGGCGCGAGCGCGCGAUGGUACGAGGUUGUCGUUCAUGAAGGACCGCCGAGGAAUGAAAGACGAUCGUGCAAGCUCUCCCUUCCUCUCUGCGCCUCUCUCUCUCUCUCUCUCUCUCUCUCUCUCUCUCUCUCUCUCUCUCUCUCUCU